AUGUUCAAUAAUCUUUUUAACUGCAAGCUACAAUUAUUAGCUCUCAAAAAUUUGAACAGCAAAUAUUCUUUUUGUGUUAAACAGCCUUCUAUUUAUUUUCGACGACAUUUUAACAUUACUCAAAAAUUUUUGAUCUCUUCUAAUGUUAACAAUAGACUACAAGAUAGGAUAUUUUUGAAUAAUUUAUUACAAAUUGGAAGAAAAUCUGGGAAAUCUUUGCGAUUGUUUUCUUUUUCACUUGGAAUUUUUUACCCAAUUAGCAGAGUAGCACAAUGCAGACAGCAACAAUCCACUCGUAUUGACCAUUCUCAUCAACAACGAUCUAUUCCUCCAUUAUCAGUCACGUGGACAGAAUUUUGGUUAUUGAUUAGGCCUUAUAUUCAUUGGUUAAUUUGUGCUGCUUUGACUGCUUGUUGUGUUGCAGCUUUAAAUAUUCAAAUUCCGAUAAUUCUUGGCCAGCUGGUCAACCAAAUUUAUUCUUUUAUUAAACAAAAUGGUGUUGAUGUUAAUUUGGGUGAAUUAAAGCCAAUAGUUUUUAAAUUAGUGUCUGUUUAUGUUGCACAGGCUUUCACCACUUUCUUAUGUAUUGCGUCCCUUUCACAAAUGGGAGAGAGAAUAUGUGCCGAUUUGCGUGUUCGAUUAUUCUCUCAUCUUCUUGAAUUACCAAUGCCUUUUUUCGAUGCUCAAAAUAGUGGAGAAUUAAGCGAUCGUUUAAAUUUUGAUGUCCAACAAUUCAAAAGUUCUUUUAAAGAAUGUACAGCACAAGGAUUGCGAACAACUGCACAGGUAUUUAUUCUAAAUAUUCAAUAUUGA